AUGGACCAUCGCGAGUUGGGCAUGUUUGGCGGAUCUGGCUCGAGAGGCAGCACGAACAAUAGCUUCAGUGCGAGUAACAGCAACUCUACUAAUAACAGCUUCGAUAUGAAUGCUCGUGUGGGCGAAAGUGGCAGUGGUCUGGACCCGGUACAGAUGCACUAUUGCGCGGCGUACAGUGCUGCCGAUCUCAAGACGUUCCAUCGCGAGAGAGUUCGGAAGAUGCCACUGAGUGGGCUUGAUCCCAGUAUGCUGAUUGGGUUCUUGUAUUCCGACGAAGCAGAUUGGUGGGAUUUCAAGAGAAGAGUCGGAGAGGCUUGGAGUCAAAUCUCGGAGCCAGAAGACAAUAACCUUAAUAAGGAUGGUGUUGAGGUCGAUGGCCGAGGCGAAGGCGACGAUUCGGAGAACGAGGACAAUGAAGAUGAUGGCGACGGCGACAACGAGCAAUUCUUCGAUACCCAGUCGAGCGGUGCAGGCAGUGGCCAGGAGCGCAGCGAGCGAGGGAGGAGUGACGUGGACAUGGAGGAGGAUAUGGUGGAUCCGGUUACUCCUGGCCCGGGAUCAUCGACCACUGCCGCCUCAACCAACACCGGUGUAGACGAAGGAGCUAUCGCCAUCGCCUCUUUCCUCCUCCAACUUUCCGCCGCUCGCAAAGGGCAAACCGUCCUCAUUGUCCAAACAUGCAUCAAGUUCAGGAAGUGGCAAGAGAUCGAAGAGGACCCACAAACAGAUACCCAUUCCUGUUCUGCUGUCCGCCUUCCUCCCACUACCAGCAGCAACACCAAGAACACUACCCUUUUCCCGGUUGCUCCGGCAGACGACGGGGCGGAUUCACCUCAUGGAGAGAAGAACUGGUCGAGAAGCUCGUCCACGAAGGAUGACGUCAACGUAGGAGGCAAGAGAAUGCACACUGCGCGGGCCCGUGAUGGCGGACGGACGCUAAGCAUUGGGGUAGAGGGCAUCUUGACAGAUGAUUAA